CAGUUUGGGACAGUUUUAAUUCUGUAGUCAGGGUAUAAAGUUGGCUUGGCGUGUUUUUCCCACCAGGUGGCGGCGUGUGCUGUAAGACAGUGGGCGUGGUCGCGUGUUUCUGUUUUCCGGUCACAGGGCGUGGUCAGCGUGUCUACUGUCUGGUGUCGUGUUCCUGAGGAUUUCACACACAUACACGCACAGUGGGAGGAGGGGAUUUACUUUAACUGUCAACACUCCAGCGUUUCCAGACAUUCAGUGACUGCAUUCUUGCUUCUUUUCCAGCUUUUAUCUUCCGGAAUUGAAAUCUGAACUCCGUGCAGGUCCAGGACAGUCGGAACAUGUUCUACACUUGCGGUCCCAACGAGGCCAUGGUGGUCUCAGGCUGUUGCCGCGCUCCUCCACUUAUGGUUGCAGGCGGACGAGUGUUCGUCAUCCCUUGUAUUCAGCAGAUUCAGAGGAUAUCUUUGAAUACUCUGACUCUUAACGUGAAGAGUGAUAAGGUCUACACCAGGCAUGGUGUACCCAUCUCAGUGACUGGCAUUGCACAGGUGAAAAUUCAGGGCCAGAAUAAGGAGAUGUUGGCUGCUGCUUGCCAGAUGUUCUUGGGGAAAUCGGAGACUGAGAUUUCCCACAUCGCCCUGGAGACACUGGAAGGUCAUCAGAGAGCCAUUAUUGCUCACCUGACCGUGGAGGAGAUCUAUCAGGAUCGUAAGAAGUUUUCCGAGCAAGUGUUCAAGGUGGCUUCUUCUGAUUUGGUCAACAUGGGCAUCGGUGUGGUCAGCUACACGCUUAAAGACGUUCAUGAUGACCAGGACUACCUGAACUCUCUGGGUAAAGCUCGCACAGCCCAGGUGCAGAAAGACGCCCGCAUCGGAGAGGCUCAGUACAAGAGGGAUGCAGUGAUCCGGGAAGCCCAUGCCAUGCAGGAGAAGGUUUCUGCACAGUACAAGAACGAGAUCGAGAUGGCGAAGGCUCAGAGAGACUAUGAGCUGAAAAAGGCGGUCUAUGAUAUGGAGGUUAACGCUAAGAAAGCGGAGUCUGAGAUGGCCUAUCAGCUUCAGGUGGCCAAGACAAAGCAGAGGAUUGAGGAGGAGAAGAUGCAGGUGCAGGUGGUGGAGCGCGCUCAGCAGAUCACUCUGCAGGAGCAGGAGAUCACCCGCAAAGAGAAGGAGCUGGAGGCCAGAGUCAUGAAGCCAGCCGAGGCGGAGAAAUACAAGCUAGAGAAACUCGCCGAGGCCGAAAGGCUGCAGUUGAUCAUGGAGGCUGAAGCUGAGGCUGAAUCUAUUAGAAUUAAGGGUGAGGCAGAAGCGUUUGCCACGUUGGCUAAGGGCCGCGCUGAUGCUGAGCAGAUGGCCAAGAAGGCUGAAGCUUUCAAUCAGUACAAGGAGGGAGCCAUGGUGGAUAUGCUGCUGGAGAAACUGCCUCUGAUGGCAGAAGAGAUCACCAAGCCCCUCUCAGCAGCUCAGAAAAUCACCAUGGUGUCCAGCGGAGGAUCAGAGGUAGGAGCAGCCAAGCUGACAGGAGAAGUCCUGGACAUCAUGGUCCGCCUGCCUCAGGCUGUGGAGAAACUGACUGGAGUCAGCAUCUCUCAGGUUACCUCCACACGCAUGGGCUAAACAAGAACCUGGAAAAGUGGAGAAGAAGCUGUUCACUAACGGAUGCUGUGUUCAUCCCUCCUCCUGUUUCUGUGUACACCUGCAUGUUCUAAACGUUCUUGCUGUUCGAGCCUUAUGAUAGCUGUAGGCAGGUUUAUUUUGUGUUUUUUGUUUUUUUUUCCUGAGGGAUUUAUUAUCCUUCAUCUGUUUUUAUGUCUCUUUUUAUAUAUCAGUACGAGACAUUUCAUUUUGUAUGGAAAAAUUUUCCCCCCAAGCUCCGGCGGAGUCGUUCAGGUCAUUCCUGUUAGUUGUGUAAGAGAGUGCACGAUUCCUAUAGCAUCGCUGCGUUUAUUUUGAAGUCCGCGUCUAUGUAAAAUAAGCAUGUACCUACUAAUAGUGAUUAAAUCCCAAAGUGCAUUUAAACAGCGUAAUCCUCACGUACUAACUGUCUUAACUGUUACUGAAGCUACUGUCCGUGUGCGUACUACUAAUGGCUUUACAAACCUCAAUAAUUGUUUAAGUAGUAUUCAGUGGUAAUCCUUUUUGUUACUCUGUUAGCCAAAGUACGUACAGAUGACACGGGAUAGAUAUAUAUAUAUAUAUAUAUAUAUACAUACACAUACAAGUGUGUAAAACAAUUAAAUCACAGCUGUGAGUUUUAAUACCUUCCCCUCAUGUGUUAAACAAGUAUUGAGUUUUGUACAGCCUGACGUGUGAACCGUGAACGUGAUCGCUCGUCCUGCCUUUACACCGCCCUCCUUUACUGCUCCGUAGGAAGCGAAUGUUUCAUUCUUGAAUUUCUAACGCGAGCGACCGAAAACCGCAGUCAAUGUUAGGAAAGGAAAGCAACUGAACGAGAUCUGCAGACAUCUUGCAGAGAGCAGUGGAAGGAAGUGUAAGGAAGAAGAGAGAAAUGAAAGGGGUUGAAGUUGGCCACAUCUAAACAAAGUCUGUUAAAUGUAGGUCAAGUACCGAGAGGGGGAUUUUCACUCGUUCGACCUUCGCCUCAAAAAUGUUUUAGUUAGCAUAGAGAGAAAGAGAUGUGGUGAAGGACAUGUGAUUUCUCGCUCUAAUCUUGUGAGUCGAAGUGUAAUUUGCUAGCUGUUAAUACCAGACUCAUCCGAAGUGUCCGACUUCAGUUGAUCACUAAGUGCCUAAAUCUACACGUUUCGUUCACACCCACGCAUUUGAUUCAACCUAAUGUCUGCGUAGCAUGCGUGCGUUCUAGACCACAUCUGUACAGAACUGUUUUGCUCUUUCAUUGCAAUCCUGCCACUCUUUUUCACCUUGUAGUGCUUGUGUCAAAUCAUCUUGCAUUUCUGUUUCUAUAUAUAUAUAUAUAUAUAUAUAUAUAUAUAUAUAUAUAUAUAUAUAUAUAUAUAUAUAUAUGUUAUCCUAUCCCAUACUAACUUCUACUUAUGUCACGUUGACACUGUAUUGUGGAAUACGAGACAAUAUAUAGGAACGUAACUCAAUAUGAUUGUUCAAGUUAUUUCAAAAUAAAUGAAAUUCCUUAACUAUUCUGUUUAUUUGUAUGUAUAAACUGCAUUUGUGCAUAUAUAUAUAUAUAUAUUUUUUUUUUGUCUGAAAUGGUUACUUUAUUAAAACUACAAAAAAUAAGACAACAGCCAACAACAUUUAACACAGUCAGCGAAGCUCAGAGAGACCGGACCCAUUCAGAACCAUUCACAACGACGAUAACCAAAUAUCAGUGAAGAACAUUAUGUCCCAUUGACUAUUUACAUACCCUCAUAUCCCUUUAACGUUAAAGAAACAGGAGCGUGAGGCGUAGCUGAAAAAUGCUGCCUGAAAUCGGAGUUUAUAAAAAAAAAAAAAUACAAGUUUUAGUUCAGGAUUACAGUGUAUCAAAAAGGUUAAAGGACAUCGGACAUGGCAACAUAACCAUUUAUGAAUCACAUUCUUUCCUUCUGAAUGUUAACAGUAUGUAGGGUUAAGCUAGUGGCUUUGUAAUCCUCGGACCCCACCACUCGUACGUGCGUAAACAACUUUGUCUGAUACAAAAUGAAUUCGCUGCUUCAAGUGCCACUAGAGAAUUCUUUAAAGAUAAAAAAUAAAGGGGGUGGGGUUUGAAACCAGCAUUCUGAUGUACUUUUUGUACUCAUUCACACUGAAAAUGAAUAAAAAUGUUUGUAACGGC